AUGGCGCUCCACGUACUAUGGUUGGUGGCUAUUUUGGCGCCUUUUGCAGGAGUUAGCACGCAAGAUGAUAAUGAUUGGAUGGAUUCAAACGAUAUAAGUGCCAGCAGAUGGCCACCAACAGAUUGGUACCCGCAGAAUGCUCCAGUAGCGCCAUCGCCAACAAGAUACGGGUUAUCAAGGAGGCCAGACUUGCCAGCACCACGCCCGCCACCAAACACUGGCCUGAACUUCGCUGUAUACGACCCCGUGACUCGGCAACGCACAACUGCUGUCGACCGCAACUGUACUGCCACUGGGUGCUGUGUACCAAAAUGUUUCGCUGAAAAGGGUUCAAGGGGAUUUCCGGGUGUACCCGGACCACCAGGAAUGAGGGGACUUCCAGGGCACGAAGGUGCGGAAGGUCCUCAAGGCGCUAAGGGUCAAAAAGGACAAUUGGGACCACAGGGUCCUCGUGGACCCAAGGGUGAUAGGGGAAAACCGGGCGCUCAAGGUUUUAUUGGGUUUGCAGGACCUCCAGGACCACAGGGUGAACCAGGUAUUCCUGGAAUACCAGGAAGAGAUGGAUGUAAUGGCACAGAUGGAGAACCUGGAGAAACAGGGCCCAAAGGGUCACAAGGACCUCGAGGUAUACCUGGACCAAAGGGAGACAAAGGUGACAAAGGAGAAGCAGCUCAUAUGGGCCGAUACCCUAAGGGUCAAAAAGGAGAACCGGGAGCUGACGGUAUGCAGGGAAGUCAAGGACCCGUUGGACCUCCAGGGCCUCCUGGUGUACAGGGACCAAAAGGAAAUACUGGACCUAUGGGUCCACAAGGUUUUAAAGGUGACAAAGGUUCUAAAGGUACGAAGGGACAAUCAAUCCAAGGAGACAAGGGUGAUAGAGGUGAUAGAGGAGAUAAAGGUCCAGGCUGCCCUUCUAUAAUAUUACCCUCUGAAGAUAACGCUAGUGCAAUUAGAGGAGUACCAGGCGACAUGGGUCCUAAAGGUGAAAAAGGAGAACCAGGAAGAAUGGGUGACAAAGGUGAUACUGGACCAAUGGGUGAACCGGGUUUAUCAGGGCAAAUGGGUAUUAAAGGAGAAAAAGGCAUAAGAGGAAAUCCCGGUGCUAUUGGUAGAGACGGUAUGUACGGUGCAUCGGGACCUAUGGGACAAAAAGGCGAUCGAGGUAAUGAUGGACUUCCAGGUCUACCUGGGCGACCAGGUGAAAAGGGUGAACCUGGAAAGGAUGGAUUGCCGGGUCAACGAGGUCUAAAAGGAGUUCAAGGAUUACCGGGUGGACGCACUGGUUCUCGGGGCCCACCUGGUCCUCCUGGACCUAGAGGUUACACUGGACCAGCUGGGCCUAAGGGUACCGAUGGAAGACCUGGAGAACGUGGAGAGCCUGGGCCCAUGGGUCCUCCGGGUGGUCAGGGAGAGCCAGGAACACCUGGAAUGGAAGGUCCUGCGGGACACAAAGGUGAAAAAGGUGAACCUGGAUUAGAUGGCCAACAGGGUGAAACAGGACCACGGGGUUACGAUGGCCCAGUUGGACCACAAGGACCAAGAGGAAUUAAGGGCGAAGACGGCUUUUCAAUACCCGGAGAAAAAGGUAACAGUGGACUGCCUGGUUUAUCUGGUGAAAAAGGUCAAAAGGGUGAACGAGGUUAUCAAGGGUUACGAGGUGUUCCUGGAAACUCUACCUUAGGAACACCAGGUAGUCCGGGUGAAAUGGGUGCACCAGGAGAGAAAGGAAACAAAGGUAGUCCCGGUCUUGAUGGUAUACCUGGUAGUCAAGGUCCGAAAGGUGACAUAGGUGGCCGUUGUAAUGAAUGCUGGCCUGGUGGUCCUGGGCCAAAAGGUGAUCGUGGAAUGGAUGGACUUGCUGGUGAAAGAGGAGAAAGGGGACCUCCUGGAGCGAUAGGACUACCUGGUGACCGUGGCGCAGAUGGACUAAACGGAUUACCUGGUUCAGCCGGAGCACCGGGCGAGCGUGGCGACGAAGGACCAAUGGGUCCUCCUGGAGACAAGGGAGCAGAUGCACUUAUACCAUCAAGUUUGAUUAAAGGACCACCGGGAGAAAAGGGAUUACAAGGACCGAGGGGCUUACCGGGCCCUAAAGGUGAAAGGGGAAGUGACGGACCUAAAGGUGACCGUGGGCCUAUAGGUAUGCCUGGGCCAAAAGGUGACCAGGGCUUUAUUGGACCUCCUGGUGCAGAUGGUAAUCCGGGUAUUCCUGGAACCCCUGGAACUCCUGGAGCCAAAGGAGCUUCAGUUAAAGGAGAAAAAGGUACACCAGGAGAUUUAGGUCGAAAAGGAGACAAAGGUUUCCCAGGAUUAUCAGGCAAAAAAGGUGAACCGGGUAUGUGCCCGGCCAAUUUACAAGCACUAACUAAAGGCGAUAGAGGAGCACAAGGACCACCAGGACCUCAGGGACCGACAGGGGACACGGGUGAAAAAGGAGACAAAGGUUUUGCCGGGCGUCCUGGAGAUAAAGGAGAUAUGGGCUUGCAGGGUAGGCAAGGACCUGUUGGACCUCGUGGACUUCCAGGUCCAAGGGGAGAAAAGGGUGAAAUGGGCUCAAUGGGUUUCCCUGGUACUCCGGGAGAACUUGGACCAAGAGGUUUCCCAGGAAUGCCCGGAUUUAAAGGAGACAAAGGAGAAAUAGGACCAUCAAUGCCGGGACCUCCAGGACCAUCUGGUUUAACUGGACAAAAAGGAGAACAGGGACCUAGAGGAUUACCGGGAAUACCUGGUAACGAUGGCCCUCCUGGAGCAACGGGCUUACGAGGUGAAAAAGGGGACAUGGGAUUAACAGGUAGACCUGGCGCACCUGGAUUUCCUGGACAGAAAGGGGAUGCUGGACCAGUUGGCCCACCUGGUAUACCAGGUUUACCAGGUACACCUGGAAGGGAAGGUCCUAAAGGACGACAAGGAUAUCCAGGAGUACCUGGAAAACCAGGAGUUAUUGGUUUACCAGGGCAAAAGGGUGAACCAGGUAUGCAAGGGCCUGAUGGGCCUAAAGGAUUUCCGGGUGCACGUGGACGUCCCGGUCCUAUAGGUAUUACUGGAAUAGAUGGUAUGCCGGGAGAAAAAGGAGACAAGGGCGAAGUUGGUUUUCCAGGCUUACCAGGGCCACCUGGCUUAAACGGUCCAAUUGGUCCUGUUGGCGCUCCUGGGCUUAAAGGAGACCAAGGUUUUGAAGGUCCCCCUGGACCACCAGGCAGAAUGGGUUUACCAGGCGAUAAAGGUGAUAGAGGUUUUUCUGGUGCUCCCGGGCCUAAAGGAGAACCUGGCUUAGCUUCAGAUAAAGGUCAAAAAGGAGAACCUGGUAUGCCAGGCUUAAGAGGCUUAGAUGGCGCUCCAGGUAUAAAUGGUGAAAAGGGAGAUAAGGGAGAUGCUGGUUUACCUGGAUACGGUCUUCCCGGUCCUGCUGGGCAAAAAGGUGAUAUGGGACCACGUGGAUUAGAUGGUUAUCCUGGACAACCUGGAAUAAAAGGAGAUCGUGGAUUUCCUGGUUUACCAGGACAGAAAGGUGAUAGAGGUCUUUCAGGGGAGCCUGGCCGACCAGGAGCACCAGGUUUAGAUGGAAUGCCAGGUUCUCCAGGUGAAGUCGGUUUACCUGGACCAGAAGGCGCCAAAGGUGAUAAAGGAGACAAAGGAUUUCCGGGUCGGGAUGGAAUGGAUGGACUUAAAGGAGAACAAGGGCCUCUUGGCCCUGUUGGCUUACCAGGACUAAGAGGUUUUACAGGACCUAAGGGUGACAGAGGUUUACCUGGAUUAUCAAUAAACAUCAAAGGAGACAAAGGUGAAACAGGUCCUCAAGGUAAUACCGGUAUGCCAGGAGAAAAAGGUGAAAGGGGGAGAGAUGGAGAACAAGGACUGCAAGGAGAGAAGGGUGAUAGAGGUGCUUUUGGACAAAAGGGAGAUAUGGGACGAAUAGGAUUCACGGGAGAAAAGGGUGAUAGGGGUCCUAUUGGUCCUUCAGGUAUUCCUGGGCUUACAAUAAAAGGAGAAAAAGGUCUACCCGGAGCACCUGGUAAACAUGGCCGUCCUGGGCAGCAAGGUGCCCCUGGAGAAAAGGGUGAUCAAGGAUUGCCAGGUCUUCCGGGUGAAAUGGGUCCCCCUGGUACAUCAGCUCCCCCCGGACCACGAGGAGAAAAGGGCGAUCAGGGACGAGAAGGAAUUGCUGGUCCACCCGGAUUUGAUGGAUCACCUGGAUUACCUGGAUUACCGGGCAUAGAAGGUGCAAAGGGAGACAAGGGUGAAAGAGGUGCUCCUGGUUUCGGUUUACCUGGUCAGAAAGGAGAUCAAGGACCACAAGGUAUGCCAGGACAGGUGGGACAAAAAGGGGAUAAGGGAGAUAGAGGUUUUGAUGGUCAAAAUGGUCAGCCAGGACCAAUGGGCUUACAAGGUGAAAAGGGUGACCGCGGCUUCCAAGGUCAACCGGGUCUCAUUGGUGCAACAGGCGAAAAAGGUGACAAAGGAGAAGCAGCUCAGUUCGUUUUUGGUCCCAAAGGUGAACCAGGACCACGCGGUCCACCUGGUUUGGAUGGUCUACCAGGAAUGGCUGGAAAGCCUGGCGCACCAGGUUUAGAUGGUAGUCCGGGUAUGAAGGGUGACCGUGGUUACCCAGGACCACAAGGGCCACCAGGAUUACCUGGUCCUCAAGGUUUACAAGGGUUACAAGGUGAAAGAGGUGAAACAGGACGUACUGGACUACCUGGUGUUCCUGGAAAUCCUGGAGCACCUUGCGUCACGACUGAUUAUUUGACAGGGAUACUUCUUGUGAGACAUAGUCAGAGUGAUGCAGUACCACAGUGUGAGGCUGGCCAUGUUAAACUAUGGGAUGGGUAUUCUUUACUAUACAUAGAUGGUAACGAAAAAGCUCAUAAUCAAGAUCUUGGGUAUGCCGGUUCAUGUGUGAGAAAAUUCAGCACUAUGCCGUUCCUAUUUUGCGAUCUGAAUGAUGUUUGCAACUAUGCUAGCCGAAACGACCGAAGUUAUUGGUUAUCUACGGGUCAACCAAUUCCAAUGAUGCCAGUGGAAGGCAAUGAAAUCAUGCGAUAUAUAUCUAGAUGCGUGGUUUGCGAAGUUCCAGCAAAUGUUAUAGCGGUUCAUAGUCAGACACUUGAUAUCCCCAGCUGCCCAGUAGGCUGGCGAGAACUAUGGAUCGGAUACAGCUUUAUAAUGCACACGGGAGCUGGAGGUCAAGGUGGCGGCCAAGCUUUGGCGAGCCCUGGAUCGUGUCUUGAAGAUUUCCGAGCAACGCCAUUCAUCGAAUGUAAUGGAGAGGGUGGCACAUGCCACCAUUUCGCUAACAAGCUUAGUUUCUGGCUUACAACUAUCGAAGACAACAAGCAGUUUGCAAUGCCUGAACGUGAGACAUUAAAAUCUGGACGGCUAUUAGAAAGAGUAUCGAGGUGCUCAGUUUGUAUCAAAAAUACAGUUUAG